AUGGUCAAUUUUCCGACUGUUCAACAUAAAGAACUAUUCAAUGAGAGAAAUUUAAGAAAUACCCACAAUGAGAAUAGACCAAUAAAACGGAGAAGAAAACAACUGCCCGAAGUUAUUGAAAUUAGCGAUGAAAGUGUAAAAAGAGACGCGACUGAUGAUUCACAAGAUUCGGAUAAUUUUGAAGAUGUUACAUUAGACAUGGAACCCGAAAUCGAUUAUGAGGAAGCUAACAAUUCAAGUGGUGAUUCGGAUGAUUUUGAAGACGUGGAGUUCGAGGUUCCCAACGCGUCGUACGACUUUGAUGAACCAAAAUCUAAGGAAAAUGAAUUGUUAUCCUUUCAAAUUCAAUCAAAGGAAGAAGAACAGUCCCCUUCAAAGAAAAAGAAAGCGAAGUUCAUAUCUAACGAUGAAAGGUUGAGACGAGUUUUAAUCCACAAAAUGUACCUUGUAAUGUUGAUUAUACAUGCUGCCAUUAGAAAUUCUUGGUGCAACGAUAAAGAUAUUGGAAAAAAAUUGAAAAAUUCAUGCGUAACACAACAAAUAUCAAAGUUGUUGGAUGAUGAUGAGUCUUCUGAUGCAAUAAAAUCAAGACGAUUAUUGGAUGGUAUUAAAAAAUUAAUAACGAUCUAUGAAUCGAAGUAUAGACUUACAGCCCAAGGUUUAAUUAGAAAAGAAUGGAAUGAAUUGUCAGUUGUGCAAGAGUCGGCGGAAAUAGUUACAAAAAAGAAGUUUAAGAGGUUGGUGACAAAUUUUAGAGGUAGCAGGGACGUGGCAGCUCAAGGAUUCGUAGCUCUAUUGAGGUCAUUGGGUUUAAAUGCUAGAUUGGUCAUUUCAUUACAACCACCUGAUUAUACACUCAUUACAGAAUCUGAAAUUAAAGAAGGCAAGAAAUCUACGGCUAGUUUUGAAUCCUCGACCUAUCCUAUCUUUUGGGUCGAAGUGUGGGACAAAUUUGGAAAGAAGUGGAUCAGUGUUGAUCCGAUCGUUUCAAAAUCAAUCGAGGUAUGUUCGAAAAGAAAAAAAUCGAGUUUUGAGCCACCUAGCUCCGACGUGAGGAAUCAAUUGGUCUAUGUUGUAGCAUUUGAUAAAUAUGGUAGAGUUAGGGAUGUAACUCGAAGAUACUCGUAUCAGUAUAACGCAAAAACCAUCAGGAAACGAAUAGAAUUUAAGUCAAAUGACGAUAAAGAAUGGUAUUAUCGAAUAUUAAAUUAUUGUGAAAAGAAGAAAUCUAAAAGCGUGGCAGACAUUUACGAACAGAAAGAAUUUCAUGAACGAGAUUUAGCAGAGGGAAUGCCCAAUAACAUACAAGCAUUUAAGGAUCAUCCGUUAUAUGCACUAGACUCUCAAUUGAGACAAAACGAAGUGAUACAUCCAACAGACGAGUCAAGUGUUUGCGGAAUGUUUCGACCGCGAAAUUCAUCAUCAAAAUUGUUGAAAGUGUACAGAAGGUCAAGUGUAUAUAGGCUAAGAUCAGCUAGAGCUUGGUAUAUGAAAGGAAGAGUUUUAAAAUUAGGAGCAUCAGCUUUAAAAUCUAAAAAAAGUAAUAACAAUAGUAACGAGGAAGAAGAUGUUCGACUUUAUGCAGAAUUUCAAACCAAAUUGUAUGUUCCACCAAGGAUUGAAAAUGGAAACAUUCCGAAAAAUCAAUAUGGUAAUAUAGAUGUAUACACAGAGUCAAUGAUACCGCCUAAUGGUUCUUUAAUUAGAACCAAUGAUCAAGUGACCAUGAAACUUUUAAUAAGAUGUGCCAAUUUAUUAGAAAUUGAUUUUGCAAAGGCAAUAACGUCAUUUGAUUUUACUCAAAGAAGUAAGCAUACUCCAAAUGCAAAAGAAGGUGGUAUAGUAAUUUUGAAAGAUUUCGAAGAGGCACUUAGACUUACAAUCCAACACACGUUAGAAGAAGAGAAAGAGCAUAACCGUUUGAUGGUCGAGUUGAAUGCUUUGCAGAAUUGGAGAUAUAUCUUGUUGAAGCUAAGAUUGAACCAACGGUUAAACAAAACACACGGUGCCGUUGAAGAUGAUACUGAAUUAAACUUUUUGAAUAAUACAGAAGAUGGAGAAGAAGAAAUUGAAGAUGGAGGAUUUGUGGUUGAUCUACCAAGAAAUCAUGAAGUUGAAAAGUUUGAUGACUAUGAAGACGAUGCUAUUGGUGGUGGGUUUGUUGUUUCCGAUGAUGAGUUGGGAGAAUUGGAAAACGGUAAUGAGAAUGAUAUAGAAGAAUCUGUUUUGAUUGAAAAGACUAGAAAAUCAAGAGCUGCAACUCCAAAGUAUCAAGAUGAUGCAUUCAUUGGCGAAGGCGACGACAGUGAGUCACAGAUGAGUAAGUUUAUAUCUUAUUCAGAUAGUUCUGGUUCUGAAGCUGAAUUUAAAAAUGAUGAGAAUGAAUACGAAGAUGAAGAUGAAGAUGAGGACGAUGGUCUAGAAUUUGAGUUUGAGAGUGAUUGA